AUGGAUAAAAAAAAACACGAAUCAACACCAGGUGACGGUUUACGUUCUUUGAGAAGUACAUCAUUAUUUCGUACAAUUAAUUAUGAAUUGUAUGCUAAGCCGAAUAAAGCGACGAUGAUUUUUGGAGCUGUUGCAAUUGUUGGUUGUAUAGGAUAUAUUAUAUACAUGCGUCGUAAUUAUGAUAGUUCAAAGCACUACUCCGCAGUUACAUCUGAUGGAACAGUUCAUAUGCAAAAGAAAGUAUCAAAAUGGACAGUGUAA